AAGUGCCUAAGUGCAAUCUUCUCAGUGUGUGUAUGACUGAGCCAGCCUGUGUUGAUACUGAUUGUUCGCGUAAGUAGGAAUCCGGCAACGGAGGACCAGAAGCGACAUCGAUCACACUGUCCGAUCCUAACGAGUGUGUGUGUCCCGACCGAGUGACCCGUGUCUCUCUGGAUCUGGACCAUGAGCCAGCCUCGGCCGGACGAGUUUAAGCCGCCUCCGGAGUGCCCGGUCUUCGAGCCCAGCUGGGAGGAAUUCGCCGAUCCGUUCGCGUUUAUUAAUAAGAUUCGUCCAAUCGCGGAGAAAACGGGCAUCUGUAAAAUCCGACCGCCGCCGGACUGGCAACCUCCAUUUGCAUGUGACGUUGACAGACUUCAUUUUACUCCUCGGAUCCAAAGACUCAACGAAUUAGAGGCACAAACGAGGGUCAAACUAAAUUUUUUGGACCAGAUUGCUAAGUUCUGGGAGCUUCAGGGAUGCACUCUUAAGAUUCCACAUGUAGAGCGAAAGAUAUUAGAUCUAUACCAGCUAAACAAGCUGGUUUCAGAUGAAGGUGGUUUCGAUAUCGUAUGUAAGGAGCGCAAAUGGACAAAGAUUGCCAUAUCCAUGGGAUUUGCGCCCGGCAAGGCGAUAGGUUCACAUCUGCGUGCUCACUACGAACGAGUCCUCUACCCUUACAACCUCUUCCUUUCUGGGGCCAAUUUGCUGGAAUCAGAGCUUGCAGCCAAACUGAUGAGUUUUGGGGCAGCUCCUGAGCAGGAGAAGCAGUUUGUUCAGAAGCCCUCCCUCCCGGAAAAUGAUGAUGAUAAAGAAUAUAAACCUCACGAUCUGGUGCAGAGGCAGAAGGUGCAGGUGCAGCCCAGCGAUACAUGCACGCCUGCCAGGAGAGCCAAGCGGAUGAAAGCCGAGUCUGGCAGUGGGAAGUCGGAGGGGGGUGCAGGAGGAGAGGUGUGUGAGAACAGGCCCAAUCUCAGGAGACGGAUGGGCUCUUUUGUAGCAAAACCUGAACCAGUAAAGGAAAUACCCAUUCAGAUUAAGCAGGAGCCUGUGGAGCGAGACCUGCAAACUGAGCCAGAGAAAACCAAACCGCGCUAUAAGAAAAGCGCUCCACAAGCACCUGUCAGUGUAGUGGACCUGUAUGUGUGUUUGGUAUGUGGGAGUGGUAGUGAUGAGGAUAGGCUGUUGCUAUGCGACGGCUGUGAUGACAGCUACCACACUUUCUGCUUGAUCCCACCUCUUCAUGAUGUUCCCAAGGGUGACUGGAGGUGCCCCAAGUGUCUGGCGCAGAGGCAGAUUGCCACCAAAUUAUGGCAUUCAUGUAUUAUGAAUAAAAAAAUUGGGUUAUUGUCUGUUUCUCUGCAGGAAUGCAGUAAGCCACUGCAGGCAUUUGGCUUCGAGCAGGCGCGCAGAGAAUACUCCCUCAAAACAUUUGGGGAAAUGGCUGACUCUUUUAAGUCUGACUACUUCAACAUGCCUGUUCAUAUGGUGCCCACUGAGCUGGUUGAGAAAGAGUUCUGGCGGUUGGUGGGCACUAUCACAGAGGAUGUGACCGUAGAGUAUGGAGCCGAUAUCGCUUCCAAGGAGUUCGGCAGCGGCUUUCCGAUUAAGGGUGGCAAGUUCAAGGUCGCCCCUCAAGACGAGAAGUACUUGAGCUGUGGGUGGAAUCUGAAUAACAUGGCAAUGAUGGAUCCAUCUGUGUUGACCCAUGUGACAGCUGAUAUUUGUGGCAUGACCCUGCCCUGGCUGUAUGUGGGCAUGUGUUUUUCUUCUUUCUGCUGGCAUAUCGAGGACCACUGGAGCUACUCCAUUAACUACCUGCACUGGGGAGAGCCUAAGACAUGGUAUGGAGCUCCAGGAUUUGCUGCUGAGCAGCUGGAGGCAGUGAUGAAGAAGCUGGCACCUGAGCUUUUUGAGUCUCAGCCAGAUCUUCUACACCAGCUUGUUACCAUCAUGAACCCAAACACACUCAUGGCCCAUGGAGUACCAAUUUACAGGACCAAUCAGUGUGCAGGAGAAUUUGUCAUCACAUUCCCAAGAGCCUAUCACAGUGGCUUUAAUCAGGGCUUCAACUUUGCAGAAGCUGUGAACUUCUGCACUGUGGACUGGAUGCCUUUGGGCCGUCAGUGUGUGGAACACUACCGCUUGCUGCAUCGCUACUGUGUGUUUUCACACGAUGAGAUGAUAUGUAACAUGGCUGCCAAAGCUGAAAAAUUGAGCGUGGUCCUAGCUUCAGCCGUACACAAAGACCUGGUGCUAAUGAUCAACGAAGAGAGGGACCUCCGAGAGCAAAUCCGCAAAUUGGGAGUGGUGCAGUGCGAGCUGUUUAAAUAUGAUUUGCUGCAGGAUGAUGAGAGACAGUGUGUUAAUUGUCGUACCACCUGUUACCUGUCUGCUCUCACCUGUCCAUGUCGGCCAGGAGAGCAGGUGUGUCUACACCAUGCUCUCCACCUCUGCUCCUGUCCUACCUCCAAAUACACAUUCAAGUAUCGAUUCACAUUGGAUGACCUCUACCCCAUGAUGAACGCAGUGAGGCAAAGGGCUUAUUUGUAUGACGAGUGGGCAUCACGCGUAACUGAGGUCCUUGAGGCCAAACUGGACAAAAAGCGCAACUUAUCUAUGUUCCAUUCUCUGAUUGAGGAGUCCGAUAAGAACAGUUUUCCAGAUAAUGAUUUGUUACGUCACCUUAGAGUGGUCACUCAAGAUGCAGACAGAUGUUCAUCUGUGGCACAGCAGCUACUCAAUGGCAAGAGACAGACCAGGUAUCGUGCUGGUGGAGGAAAAACUCAUAACCAGUUAAAUGUCGAGGAACUGAGGUCAUUUGUGCGUCAGCUCUACAACCUGCCCUGCAGCUUAAUGCAAGCACCAUUACUGAAGGAUCUGCUGAACCGUAUCGAGGAUUUCCAGGCACACAGCGAGAAAGUUCUGUCUGAUGCUGUGAGUGCAGAAUCUGUGGUGGAGAUUCAGGCUCUUCUGGAUGAGAGCGCGGAGUUUGACGUGCAUCUGCCGGAGGUUCCGAGGUUACGGGAACGUCUGGAGAUCGCUCGCUGGUUGGCAUCAGUGUAUCAGGCUGAGGAGUCAGGCAGCAGUGUCCGUGGCCUCACUCUGGACGCUAUGCGGCAGCUGAUUGACCGCGCUGUGGGGUUAACUUCUGACCCUGCGAUAGAGCGUGCCAUGGCUCGUCUGCAGGAGCUGCUCACCUUGUCUGAGCAGUGGGAGGACAAAGCACAAGCACUGCUUAAAGCCAGAUCUCCAGAGAGUGUGGAAUCGCUUUCUGCCAUUCUGAAAGAGGUUGAGGCCGUGCCUACGUAUCUGCCCAAUUGUCGGUUGUUGCGAGACUCUAUUGAUAGAGCAACGGAGUGGCUGAAGGAGGCUGAAGCUCUGCAGUUGGGAGGGCGUGUCCCUGUGUUAGACACACUGUCGGACUUGGUGCAGAGGGCCAGGGCAAUUCCUGUGCAGCUGGAACCACUGGAAAGGUUGGAGGCGCUCGUCUCUGAGGUGCAGGCAUGGAAGGAGUCCGCAGCCAAAACCUUUCUCCUUAAACACUCCUCUUUCACGCUGCUGGAGGUGUUGUGUCCACGGUGUGAGGUGGGAAGUCCUUUCAAAAGAAAGAUGAAGAAGACAAAGGGAGAUGCAGUGUCAUGUGGGAAAAAGAGAACAGGGAGACUGGAUAAUCUGAGUGAUGUUGAAAAAGCCCUGACAGAAAGUAAAGACUCGACUUCUGCUAUGGCUACUCUUGCUGAAGUCCAUUUGAAGGAGCUAGAGUCCUUGGUGUCUCUCCGUGCAGCUAACGAGUCAAAACUCCUUCAGGCAGCCGACUGCAGCACACUCAAAGUUUGCGUGUGUCAAAAGCCUCCCAUGGGGGCCAUGCGUCAGUGCGAGCUGUGUCGAGGUGUUUUCCACAGUGUGUGUGUACGUGGGCAGGGGGACCCUUGCGAGUCCGAGUCGUGGUUGUGUCCUUUGUGUCGGCGUUCGGCGAAACCGGCUUUAGACAGGAUUGUUCAGCUGAUGGCGUCUCUGCAGAGAAUCCGUGUGCGGUUACCAGAGGGAGACGCACUGCGUUACAUGAUUGAACUCACAGUGGACUGGCAGCGGCGAGCACGGGAGGUCAUAGCCUCGCAUAACCUUCCUACACAGGAGCAGCAGGAAAAACGCUUGGCAGGGGACAACAGUCCAAAGGGUCAGGACUGGAGCAAGUGCAGUCAGGAACAGUCUGUCUUUUACAUAGAACAGCACUGCAUCCCUCUGCAGGGUCUGACUCCAGAGCUGGAAAAGCUGUUGGUGGAAGGAUUAUUGCUUCAGGUGUCACUGCCUGAGACUCAACAGCUGUACACGUUGCUACUAAAAGGCCCCCUGGCUCAGUGCAGUCCUAGGCAUACACAACCAGCAUCCGACAGCCCACAGCACACACCAUACCACUCUCAGGAACACACUUCACAACACAAGGAGAAGGACCAAGGGACACCAGCAGAAAAGAAAGCGAAGCGGCGGUUGGAAAGAGAGGAGAUGGGAAUGAAGGUCGACGUACGAGAGCGAGGGGUUCCGAAAAGGAAGAAGCAGCGGAUGAGAAAGGAAAAUAGGAGCGAGAGGAAAGCAGCGUCGGUGUCGGCAUCUCCCUCUUACCUUUCUGAUGUGUCCCAGUCUGAUGACUCAGAGGAGGACAUGAUCCUCUGCCCAGCUGAGAGCUGCCUUCAGCCAGCAGGAGAAGAGGUGUUCUGGGUGCAGUGCGACUGCUGUAACCAGUGGUUUCACAUGAUCUGUGUAGGAGUUUCUGAAAAGAUAGCAGCCGACGAGGACUACAUGUGCGUCACCUGCAGCGCACGUUAACACAGGCCCAAAACCAGAAAUGAGACAGUGUGUAGGAGCAGAGCCGAUACCUAGGAGAAGAACUACCAGUUCAUCUCCUCUUUUAUCCCUUUUGUACUAUUCUAUUCCCGGUUGUGUAACUGAUUGUUCCCAACACCCUCUGACCUCUGACCUUUGUAACAACGGUGCUAUUUCCUCUUUUUUUGGAUUUGGGUUUUGUUGUUCUGAAUGAAGCUAUUUGGUCUUUUUUUGUAUUUUUACAACUUUUCUCCUAUUUGAACUGUGUGUGGUUGUCUAAAAAUACAGAUAUGCUAAACAAAAACGUUACAUAGUAGAGCGAUGGGGCAUACAGCAUGGGUUUCUGAUCCGUUGCGUUGUUGACGAUGAGAGCGAGGUCAUUUUGUUAAACGCAUGUGAAAAACAGUACAGAAGGGUUUCUUGUUUCUCGGGGACUUCUGCAUGCUGAACACAAGAACGCAGAACAGAAAUUUUUUUUAUUUUUUUUUUUUAACCAAAUAUCUACAAUAAACAACAAAAAAAUCUUGUUUUUGGAAAACCCACUGUUAUGUACACAUGCAUCUGGGGUAAUAUAAUUUCUUUAUUUCCGUUUUCAUUUUGUAGAUUAGUUUAAUUUAUCUGAGCAAUAAUGUCAGUAAGCAUCUGAGGACUUGGAGUGUGUAUAAACUGUGUGAACUGUGUGCUGCGCUUUAGAGGUGAUGGUUUAAUUGUACAUGAAGUGUAAAGCAUAGAUGGUAAAAGUUUGGGUUGGUGAUUAGUGAUGUAGCAGCCAGAGAGACGUGUAUAAAAGAAACUGCCACACAACUUAUUUAGGCCAUUUUGUGGGGUGGGAGGAUGGGAGUCGGCAGCCGGGUUUAAGCUUGUUUAAAAUGUCCCAGUUUAUAGUGUGGAAUAAAAGCCCUUUUGUCUAAUAUCUUACAAUAA